AUUGGCUGUCACUCUGUCAGCUUGUUAGCAAAUGUGACAUCUGUUUAUUUAUCCAGUUUUAACCCUUAAAUACACCAGUAUUUUCAUCGAAAUUGCACCUUCCAGAGCGACAGGGCCGAUACAAUGAAGUCGGAGCACUUGGUGGUAGGAGGAAACCGCGCCGACCCAAUUUGGAGCAACAAUGUCGAACUCCUACCCACGGAAGAGUGUCUUCCGAUCAUUGGAAGCUGCCAGGUGUCGUCAAUUCUUCAAAACUUGGACAGCUCGCACAGUGACCACAACCUCCAGAAUAUGGAUCUGAUCAUUUUACAUGAGAACGACUAUAAGCUUCCUUUGGACGGCCCUCUGAACCUGCACACGAACAACUACAUUGUUCUGAAGGAUCCCAUUGCAGUGGACCAUGAGGAUGUGAUAGAAACUCCCGAGAAAAAAGAAGUCUUAAGUAGAAGCGUUGAGUCUUCCCUUAUUCGCAAUCUGCAACCCACAGACCUGAGUUUGAGCCUAGUGGGGGGCAGCGAUCUCAGCAACACUUCCAGCAUAUCGCCUCCAUCGAAGCACUACGAUAAGGAAUCGUUUGAGGACAUGCUUUACUUCGUGUGCAAUCUGUGUCCAUUUCUAUGCACCAAAGAGACGAACAUUACGAAGCAUUUGGAGAACGUGCAUAAGAACAAGACACUGACCAAGCUGGUGCAACUCAAGUGCCCGGCAUGCAACAACAUUUUCUACCACAGAGCGUCACUUAAGAGUCACUUGUUGCAUGACCAUUGUGUGGCCAAUAGUGAUCUGAAUUUGAUUGUUCAGGCGAUAGUGUUCUAUUCGAAUAAAGAGAAUAAAACGGACGAGUUAGGGAAGACUGCCAGAAAGGACCCUGCUACCGAAAAACCUUUGGAUAGCAAGGAUGGUGUUACUAGGCUCAUCACCUGCGACUACAGUAUCAGCCAAAAUGGGGUUACAAGCAAAGACAGCAUCAAGCCUGAACUGGCAGCCCCGGAACCUAGCAAGCCGUCCAAUGUGGAGCUCAUUCUAACCGCAUGCAGUGGUCAAAUGGAAGCAGAAACGGUCGAGAUUCCAGCGCCAGCAGAAGCCGAAAAGAUUCUUCUGCCUCAAGUGAACAUCACUCCCAACAACAGCAAGACAUUGAUAACGAGUCUAAUGAAGGAACCUGAUCCAGUAGUCAAGUACAUCAGCUCCCAAAAGUGCGUGUAUGCCUCGUGCAAAGUCAUUCUAAAAGACCCGAAAGCGAUGGACUAUCACAUCGAUUCCCAUUUAAAUAACGGGUUUAUGUGCUUGGAAUGCCAGGAAACAUUCACCCUGUGGAAGCCGCUGACUUCCCACUUAUGGCGCCAGCACAAAGUCGACAUGGAGCUGUUCGCAUGCGACAAAUGCGACUAUAAGUGCAACAGCCUGUCCAAGCUGAACAUUGUUCACAAGCCCAUUCACUCCGAUGUAAAAUCCCAUCAGUGCGAGACGUGUUUGAAAGCCUUCAAAAACCAAAAGCAGCUGAGAAACCACAGACGCAUUCACAGAGACAACGUGAAAAAGGAGCCAAAAGUGUGCGAUUUGUGCUCGAAAUCCUUCUCCGAUACGGGAAGAUUCCGCAGCCAUAUGGACUCGGUGCACAAGAAAUUGAAGCCCUUCCUGUGCAACUAUUGCGGAUACAAGGGCUCAUGCAAGGCCUCCUUGAAGAUGCACAUUCGAAGCCACACAGGCGAAAAGCCGUUUUCCUGUGACCAAUGCCAGUACUCAACAGCCGAUCACAACUCGUUGCGACGCCAUAAGCUCAGACAUUCCGGCCAGAAGCCCUACAAGUGUUCGUACUGCCCGUAUGCCUGCAUCCAAAGCAGCACCUACAAGGUGCACCUAAAAACGAAACACCCGGGCAUGGAAAAGGACUUGAUGUUCACCUGCUUUAUGUGCCAGUUUCGAACGGUCAACAAGGACAUGUACAAGUCGCAUCUGGUCUCUGUUCACAAGCAACAGCCGCCUGAUAGCUGAGAUGCUAUGCGAUGGUGCGUUUGCUGAGUCCCGUCGAAGUCCAGACAAGACAAUUUGUAAGCUAUUUUGUGAUAUUUAGGAUCUACAUUGUUUGUUUUCAACACGCUUAAAAACCAGA